CUCUCUCUCUCUCUCCUAUUAUCUUCUAAAAUAAUGGCAAAUGAGGCGAAUAUGUGGUUCACGAUGAUUGUGGUUAUGGUGAUUUUACUGUCACAGUCAUCUCUUGUUUAUGGAGCACCACAAGUACCUUGUUUUUUCAUUUUUGGGGAUUCAUUGGCCGACAAUGGUAACAAUAACAACCGCCAGACCUCUGCCAAAGUGAAUUACCAUCCCUACGGGAUUGAUUAUCCCGCCGGACCAACAGGAAGGUUUUGCAAUGGCCGCACCACAGUUGACAUAUUAGCUCAACUUUUGGGUUUUGAGAAUCCCAUCCCACCAUAUGCAACUGCCAGAGGCCCAGAAAUAUUAAAAGGUUUGAAUUAUGCAUCAGGCGGAGGAGGAAUUCGAGCAGAAACUUCAUACCAACAGGGAGCUGUUAUCAGCUUAGAUCAGCAGCUACUGAAUCACAAAUUCACAGCCUCACGCAUUGCUUCUAUUCUGAGAAGUAAACGAUCAGCUGGGCAGUACUUGAAUAAAUGCUUAUAUUCAGUCGGAAUGGGUAGCAAUGACUACAUUAAUAACUACUUCUUGCCUGAACUUUAUCCCACCAGUCGCCUAUACACCCCUGAGCAAUAUGCCACUGUUCUCGUUCAACAAUAUUCUCGCCAAAUCAUGAGUUUGUACGAGAGUGGAGCAAGGAAGGUAGCAUUGAUUGGAAUUGGCUUAAUUGGAUGCACUCCAAGUGCAAUUUCAGCGUUUGGUACAAAUGGGUCCGCGUGUGUAGAUAAACUGAACAGUGCCGCCCAAAUAUUUAACCAAAAUCUUGUAUCUCUGGUCGAUCAGCUCAACACCGAUUUGACCGAUGCAAAAUUCAUCUAUGUCAACAGCUUUGGAAUGGGCUCAGGAGACCCUAAAGCUGCUGGAUUCAAGGUUGUGAAUGUUGGCUGCUGCCCAGUAAAUAGUUUUGGUCUAUGUGCUGAAGGGCAAACUCCAUGCCAGAAUAGGAGUGAGUACGUGUUCUGGGACGGAUUUCAUCCUACAGAGGCCUUGAAUGUCAUCACUGCAACAAGAACUUACACAGAAUUCGACCCGUCGGACACUUACCCGAUGGAUAUCAGUCACCUAGUUCAGCUUAGCCUAUGAUAAUGGAUUAUUUUAGAAGCCAAGAAAAUAAAAUUCACAUGGAAAGUGAUCAACAAAAUGUUACAUGAUAUUACAUAGGAAUAAUCACAUAUAUGGCAGGGUUCAGUUUUCGAUUGAUACGGCAUAAUAGCUCUUAAUGUAUUAAACCAAAUGUAUUGGCUCUUCAAUCGUAUAGUAGAUUGGUUUGAUGUGAGUAGGUGUGUUAAAGAAUGGGACGUCCCACAUUAUUUGCAUCAAAGGUUUAUUUUAUUUUAUUUUAUAGAACUUAGUUGCAUUAUAAACUAGGGCUUCCCAUAUUUAUUUAUUUAUUUUUUUUUUUUUGAACAAACGAUAUUACAUAUACCAAAGGGAGGGGGAUGGGUUAGCAUAGCAAUAACGUGGUUUAAAUUCGUCUUUAGUGAGAUUCGAACCUAAGACAUCUCACUUAUAAAUAAAGAGGAAUAUCACUAGACCGUAAUACUAAAUGACAGCUUUCCACAGUUAAAACCUCAAUAUUUUAGAAAGACGCAUACCCUUCACGGAGUUUAGGAAGAUUCCUCGGAGGACUCCUCUAAGUGUCAAGCUUAGCGGCAGUCAUCCAAGUCAUCGCUGGGAGGUGUGGGGCGAGAGGCGUCAAAGAGGGAUUUAGGAAGAUCUCUUCCAUUCUUGUGAGAAUGUUGAGAGGAGAAUUGAAAUAGAUACAACCGCUUAUGGCAUUACUUUCUAUAUUCUGCAUAUGGCUAAAUAAUUGGAGUCAAGUUGAGUUUUUUCAUGCUCCUCAUCAAUGACUCAAUGCAACGGAGCCGCUUACUCCAUGUCUUCUUAUGUGAGUAGAAAUGGACGUUCUCAUAGAUAGGGUGUAACGAAUGGUCGAAUUUAAUAAAUUUCUAUCACUUUAUGUGAAAAAAAAGGACCAAUAAUACAAGCCUCAAAUGUGUAGUUCGAUGACUUUACUUUUUUUUUUUUUGGACAAACGAUAAUAUUACUGGAUUAAAUUGUUAUUUGUUACGGGGGAGGUGGGCUGGAGCCGAGAUAGAACCGGCACCAAGGUGUAUAGACAUGGUUACUUUUUGCUACUACAAUAAAGCAUCAUUUGCUUGACAACUUUACUUUGAGGAUCCCUUU